CCUCUGCCUCGAACCCUAACCUCUUCUUCCAUGGACCUCUUCGAACAGCCAAGAGGAAGACCCUCUCCAAAGCGAGGAAUCCAACUCCAGGGCCCUCGCCCCACUCCCCUCAAGGUUAACAAAGACUCCCACAAGCUCAAAAAACCUUCUUUUCCUCCUCCUCCUCCCACCCAUCUUCCCGCCGCCCAACGCCGCCCUCCGGUCAUCAUCUACACCGUCUCCCCAAAGAUAAUCCACACGAAGCCGAGCGAGUUCAUGUCCCUCGUUCAACGCCUCACAGGCUGCUCUGCUUCCGAAGCAGCCGCCGCCGCCGCCGCCACCGACCCUUCCGAAGGCAACUUAUCCGCCGAUAAACAGAGCUCGCCCGCUCAAAACAGGGCUUCAAAGGAACAGGACGACACGGAUGAGCUCCGGCGGCUAGUAAUAGGCGGCGCUUCCGCCAAUGGAAUUCAGCCGAUAUCACCGAACUUUUUCUCCCCGUCGGUGGUGGAUAUAAAUCAGUUCAAUUUUUUCCAUGAGUUGAAUGUGCCGGCUUUGCAUGGCAACAAAGGGAUGAUGGAUGGAGGCUUCAUAUCCAGUCCUGGUAAUUUCUUCUUUUCGUUGUGAAUGAGAGAGGAGAAUAAGUUGGUGUACUGAAUGGGAUACUGUCAUUAAAUUUUAUAGGUUAUAGGAUUUGUGUUUUGAUGAACUCUGCUGUUAUUUAGCGACUGUGCUGUGAAUAAUAAAUCUG